AUGUUAAAGUCACUUGGUUUGGCUUGGAAUCAAGCAAUGGUUAGAGAUGAGUUAUUUGAGGUUGAUUUGAGUGGAAAGGUCUGUUUAGUAACUGGUGCAACAAUUGGUGGAAUUGGUUAUGAAACUGCUAAGAAAAUGUAUCAAUUGGGAUGUCAUGUUGUUGUGGUGUGUAGAAGUGAUAAGAAUGGAAAGGAAGCUUGUGAUUUGAUGGAAAAGGAAUGUUCUGGAAUGAAAGGGAUUGGAAUUGUAGAGUACAUGUUGAUGGAUUUGAGUGAUUUGAAAAGUGCAGGAGUGAUGGCAUGUCCUUACAAUGUAACUGCACAAGGAAUUGAAAUUCAAUUUGCUACCAAUCAUUUGGGUCAUUUCCUUUUGACCAUUUCCUUGAUGGAAUUGAUUGAGAAAGUUGCUGGAAGAAUUAUCAAUGUUGCUUCUAUUGGUUCUAAACUUUACGUUAGCUCGGAAAAUGAUAUCAAUAGCUUUAGCUCAUUCUCUUUAGAAAUAAGAAACUUUAAAUCUUCAAAUUCAAAAGUCAGCACCUUCACCUUACAUCCAGGAGGUGUUAAAACUAAUCUGCAAAAAAGUCAUAAUGGUUUCGCUGCUGAGAUUAUUAACUGGAUUUUGAACCCACUUUUUAAGACUCCAUAUGAAGGAGCUCAAACAAGUCUUCAAGUUGCAUUGGCUCCUCUUAGUCAACUGGAAAAUGGAGGUUAUUAUAUGGAAUGCCAAUUGGAUGAGGCUAGUCCAUUUGCUGAUGAUGUUAAAUUGCAAGAUACAUUGUGGGAAACUAGCAUGACUUUGGUUAAGGAUUAUUUGUAA